AUGGGUACGGGUGUGGUGAAGCGGAAGCCAACACCCUCCGCCCUUCGAAAGAAAAAGGCACAUCAGCGUAUCCGAAAGCAGCUACGGCGCAGGCUGGAGAAGAAGAGGCCAAACUGGAAGGCCGCCUUAGCGAGGGCAUACGUUGGCCCCGGCAACAGUGGGAAGAAGAGGGAGCCCUUUGGGAAAAACAAAAGAAAGCGCCCACGUGACGCUGAUGUUGACGGCGAUGCUGCUGCUGCUGCUGAUGGUGAUGGUGACAAUGAUAAUGAUGGGGAGGUGCAAAGUGACGUGGAUGAGGAGAAACAGGAGCGCAUGAACCAGCGGGACCCGCUUGAAACACAACUGUUUCUUAAGCGACUUCCAUUAGACACGUCCGAAGAGGAGAUGAUGAAGUUUUUUGAGUCCCGCUUUGGGAAGGUGCGCCGUGUGCUGCUUGUGCGCAACAGGGCGACCAAAACACUGGCGGGAACGGGGUUUGUUCACUGCGGCUCCGUCGAGUUGGCCGACAAGAUAUUUGAACAUGCACAGCAGAACACCCGCGAGCUUGCCGCCGCCAACCGGGAGGAAUGGCAGGAAAAGACGACGGACCUCUCGCACUGCCAGGCGAAACGCAUGCGGUUCAAACUUCGCACCGAUGCGUGCAUGUUCCGUGAUCCGUUUUUGAAUAUCCGCGAGACACGCUUCACGGUACAUCGCGUGCUUUCGAGAACCGACUCACAGGAGACCUCCGCGGCACUGCAGAAAAAGAAAAAGCGGACAAAAGUAGCUGCCGAUGACCCGCGUCACUUAUACCUGCUUCGGGAGGGACUAAUUCUUCCGGAUACUCCCGCUGCUCGCGGCCUGCAUCCACAAUAUCUUACCAUGAUUCAACAAGACUACGAGGCCCGCAAGGAACAGCUACGCAACAGCAACCUUUUUGUGAGCACCACCCGCUUGAAUGUGCGCAACUUGCCGCGCACCAUGUUGGAGAAGGAGGUGCGGGCCAUAUUCGCCGCCCCAGUGCGCUCCUUCCUCAAGGAAAACAAGGAGCAUAUGGACAAGGACAAGUGGGGCAAGUAUGGCCCAAUCAAAAACGUUAAGCUGGUAAAGGACUCCGCCGGCACUUCAAGGGGAUACGCCUUCAUUGAGUUUGUCAAUCACCCAAUAGCCCUGCACGCACUGCGCACGAUUAACAACAACCCUACCAUCUUUGGGGACAGGCGACGCCUGAUGGUUUCUUUCGCGAUUGAGGACAUCAACGCCAUUCAAAAACUGCAGCGUAUGCGAGAAAUACGGCGCCAGCAUCAAACCCCACGUGGAGAAAAGAGCAAUGAAGAGGGAUGCAUGGAGGGGCCCGCCGUGCAUGCGGACGGACAGGGGCGGACCGUGGGAGGGAAACAAAAACAACAACAACCGCCCAAUAAAAUGAAGGGAAGGAAAGCGGCCACGGGGAAUCGGAUAAUCGGCAGAACAGCGCCGGAGGAGUGA